AUGCUUGGAAUAUAUAUAAAAGGGUCUAAGAGGGGAGGAGAAAUAGUUAAUUUUAUUAAGAAUGAUUUAAUUAAGAACUAUGAUGAUCAAAAUCAUCGGACUUGCAUAGGUGAAAAACAAAAUAGAAGUACGGAAACCUUUUUCCCUAGAAUAUCUUUGGAUUCUUCAGAAUGUUCUGAUGUCCGGAAAUGUAUGGGACAGAAAAUAGAUAAAGAUACCCCAUGUUCUUCCAAAAAAACUCUAGAACUUAUAAGGGAGUUUGGUCAAGAUAAUUCGUUCCUGAAUGGUCAUAAGGCUGUUCAUAAUAAUGCUUCUCAGACAAUCCCUUGGUUUCAGAUUUAUAAGAAAACGGAUUGUAAUUCAGAAUCCUGUGUCUUAAAUAAACCUUCUUUCCAGAAAUUUGCUGAAAGUAAAGGCUUUGGUUCAAGAUUCUUAGAUAGGGAACUUGAUAUUAAUUUUAAGGCGUAUAGCCCAAGAGAUAGUACUGCUUGGUUGAGCAAUCGCAAUAUUGAUGAGACACUUCAACGGUGGGUCCACAAGUUUAAUGAUUUUUAUCCUUGCCCCUUUACUAUGGUGGAUUUCGAAGAAAGGAAAGAGCGCUUUGCAACUAUUGAUAUGAUAGGGGUACUAGAAGGAGAUGAACCUGUUGAUUUGGGGCCAGAGAUUGGCAUAAAGAAACGCCCUCAUAAAACUUUUGAUGUUGUCUAA